AUGGCAUCGUGGAAGAAUAGCAGAUAUUCGUCGAGUAGUUAUAUCGGCCCAUCAUCGACGUACUCAUACGUCAGCCGGUACCGGGACACUCCUUGGUCUUCGUACUAUACGAGCGCGCCUCGUAACAAUUGGUACGAGGCGUACAGACCUACCGUGAGGCAGAGACCGAGGUUCCCGUCGGAAUAUACGCCAACAAGCUCGCGGCGAUCGAGUGCCGCCGCAAUUUCGCCGAGCCAGUCCAUUUCGAAGCGCGGAACCAUAAACCGACAGCGAAAAACCAUAAAGUUUGUGGAUCCUAAACGGAAAGAUUCGAUACCUCUGGAUUUGACUCGUAUCCGUAGACUGAGCGACGCGAUUACUGAUUCGCAAAACGACGAAACUGGUGGAAAGGAAGCCGACCGAGAAGUCGCUCCGACGCAGACGAGCGAUGUCUCUGGGCUCAUACCGAGCUCGAACACCAGUUGUUCAACAGAGGUCUUGGUAGCGGUGUCGAAAAUCUGUGAUAAAAAGUUUGAGUUGGAAACGAAGAAAUUCCCUCAGCAUUCGGCGGAUGCAGCUCACGAUGAUUCAAUGCCAUCGCAGACCCUCAGAACAGUUGAAAUCUCCCGAGACGAAAAGGCGAACGGUGGAAAAGUCGCGGUUGAAAACCAACGUACUCAGGGAAAUAAUGAAACGAAAAAAGAGACUAAGCCUCAGUCGACGACCAACAAACGGACAUCGGAGGUAGGGCCUGGCGUUGACAAGAAGAAAGGUCACGCUCCUUUACCCCGGCUUAUAGCCGAGACUGCAAGUGCCGCAGAAAUCGUUGGAGCGAUGCCGUCUGGGUCCAACAAGGCGGCGAAUGACUCUUCCGGAAAAGGAUCGAAAUCAGAUAUCGGAAUGAAAGCCACCGUUACGCUUCAAGGGAGUCCACAGCCUGUAGAGGAAGCGAAAUGUUCCGCGCAAGAACAUUCGACUAGUAGAGCAGCGCCCGAGUCUGAUGUGGAAUCCUUAGCGGGUGGAACGACUCGGGUUAACAAGAAUCAAGGGAAGAAGGUCUUGAAUGAAACCAAGCCGGAUCCUGCUUUCGACACCGGACUCAAACACAAGAAGAAUAAGGCAGCUAAAGUGAUAAGUCAAAACGAUACCACGGCGGCGAGUCUCGAACCAGGCCACAUUGGAAACCGUCCUAGGCCACCAGGAGACCAGCAGGUCCGCAGCGGAUGCGAGGGCAUCGGGUCCUCUGGCGGGAAGCUCGGACCAGAGGAACAUGCAGUUCUCGAUCGAAGAGAGUCGCAAGUGGGAGCAGGCCCGAUCCCCAUCGAGAUGCCUGCGCAGAUGGGGACUCGAGCACCGGAGCAAGGGAUCGUAGAAGACCGCUCUCGCGAGCUUGUGGAAAGGAGAGGGGGAGCGAAGAGCUCUGAAUCGAGGGAGAGGGGCAGACUUGCUGAUAACGAUGAGCGACAUAAAUCCGACCCUCCAAAGGAGCUUCUGCGACCAGAGACUGCGGCGAAAUCCAUCGGAUCUGGCGACGGCGAUUCGCGCCCAGCUAACGAAAUAGAAUCCGUUCAAGUUCACGACGGGGUCAGAGCCAUUUCUAAGGCAGCCGACUUGUUGCUCCAAACCGAGGAGCCGGGCGCUCCCCCGAGCAGAGUCCAUGAGAACGUCACGGGAACAGCGAAGAAACUUACGGCAGCCGGAAAACUCGAGACUGAACACGAUCAAGUUCCGGGUGAUCUCGACAAGGUCAGCGUCAAACCGCGGGGAGCUGUAGGGAAGGCGAAGAAGAUCGAUGUCAAAACUCCGCAUGCCGCAGCAGAUCUGAAUGAGUGCAGAAAGUUUGAGGCUUACGGGAAGCCAUCAGAGGCGAAGGAUCUCACUAAACCCAGAAGGCAGCCAGGGGGGAGAGCCGAACUUUCGGAAACCUCGACGGGACGGAGUGGUUCCUCGGCGCAAAUGAAGCCUGCGGCUCGUCUUUCGGAAGAAGCAAUGUCGCCGCCGGAACUCCCCCAGUCAGACCCAUCCGCACAGAAACCUUUGAUUACUCCCGUCAGAUCUAAGAAGCAAUAUAAGAACCUGGAGAAUGCUCCCGGAAAUGGAGAAGGGUCUUCGGAGAAUCCUCGGGAGGCAGUCGUGCCUCUGAAACCACGGGGAUCCGGAGAAGCGAUUCAUGACGCCAGAAAGAAGCCUGAGAACGAAAAUGACCCCCACCGUGGAGAAGAAGAGCGAACGGACCCAUCCGUGAGAAAAUCAAUGCUAAGAGGGACCAGAGGCAGACCUAAAUCCGAAGAGAGGAAUAUUGUCGAGAAAUGUGAAGCACCUCUCGCUGCCUCCACAGGGGAAGGUAAAACCAGGUUUAAAGGGGAUCCGGGGAAACCGGAAGAACAGUCACAGAACCCGGAGAAAUCGGUAAAAAUUCCGAGAAAUCAAGCGGCAGGAGAGAAAACGAAAAUAGGUGUAAAAGAAGACGAGCUGGAAGAAACACGUCAGCUUCCCGGAAGAACGGAGAGAAUCCCAGAGACCGGAGCGACAGGGAACAAACGGGAAAUCGGAGGAAAAUCUGGAAAACCGGGGUAUGUUUCCGGAGGCGUCGAGAAAUCGCCAAAGAUGGCUGGAAGCUCAGCUGCAGAGACGAAGAAAAAAACCGGAGAGCAUAUCAAAAAGUCCGAGGGAGCAAUCAUCAAGGCUUCCGAGAAACAGGAAUCAACUCCCAAUUCUCGAGAGUUCGUCAAGGACGGUGUGGGGAAUAGCGAAAGAGACCGCGAAUCUCUCGCAGACUCCCAGCAAACCGAGAAAAAUGCGGAACGCUCCGACGCUGAGGUCCCGUCAAGAAUGGCUGCCGUCCCAUUGAGCUCUGACUUGAAAUCGGCAACCGCGAGUAGUGUCGCUUCGGCUGGAGGGAACGAACAAAUAGAACACCCAAAUGAAGUCCAGAAUGCUGGGGGAAGAACAAACCCUACGAAGAAGAAAGGUAAAAAAGCGAAGGACAAUAUCGAAGCGAAACCUGUGUCUGACGGCAGACUUGAGAGCUCACAGAUUUCUGCUACCAAAGAAAGUCCUGUACCUGCUUCUGGAGAGCCCAGAAAAACUGAUGAUGCGUCGGCUCACUCCGAAUCGGUUGGAGCCGAUCCGGAUUCGGCCCCUGUCUCGCGAAAAAAUCUCGAAGGAGUCGUCGCGCAGAAACAGCAUUGCGAACCAAAAGAAGUCCAUGCGAAAAACGGCGAACAGAUAAUCCAGGGGGGAUCGUCGAUGCUCGUCGGAGCAUCCGGUAAAGAUUCCGGGACCCCAGGUUUUCAAGCCGAUGUGAUUGAAACGAUUCCCGUUCCCGUGGACAUUAUCGCACAGGCAUCACUCGGAGCGACGAAUGACGGGAAGACCGCGCUGCCGGUCGAACAAGAGGCUAAUGAAAACCGGUGGACGUCAGGUAUCGUGAGGAAUGAGAUCGUCCACUCGGCGAGUAUAGACUGCCUGCUGCCAGUCCACGACGAUGAUGCGACCCUAUCCGGGACGAAGGGUAAAUCUCCUCCCGAAAUUCCUAAGAAGCCGUCAAUGACCCCUGAAAUUAGAGCCAAUAUCCAGGACCGGGACAAGCAACCUGUCGGCUGCGAUGCGCGGAACAUUCCACUGUCCCAGAAUGGUUCAAGGAAGACACACAGUGAGGUUGAGAGCUUUGAUGACGACGAAGACGCCAAAUCCCUCAAGGACUCGCUCUGCGACAGAGUUAAAGCGGUGAAACCGCCGAAAGCGAUUCCGGUUCCCGAUCUGCAAGCUUCGCAUCUUGGAACUCUCCCCAAGGAUCAGCAAAUGGCCCUAGAAUCCCGUUUGCCAAGAGCGCAUGCGAGCGACAAAGCUGUCGUGGAGCGCAGGGCCACGGACGAGAUUCUUAGACCAAGGACCGUCGAUCAACCGGUGGUGAUUCGCUUCAGGAAGUAUUCCCUCUUAGAUUUUCACUUGCUCAAGGUACUCGGGAAAGGAAGCUUCGGGAAAGUGUUCCUGGUCGAGCUCAGAGACGUGCCGAUUUACUUUGCUAUGAAGUGCCUCAAGAAGGACGUGGUCCUGGAAGACGAUGACGUGGAAUGCACGCUCGUCGAACGUCAAGUUCUCUCACUGGGAUCGCACAAUCCUUUCAUUUGCAAAUUAUUCUGUACUUUCCAAACGGAGUCGCAUCUCUUCUUCGUGAUGGAAUUCCUCCGGGGCGGGGAUCUCAUGUUCCACGUCCAGAACGAAGGUAGUUUCACAGAGGAUCGAGCAAGGUUCUACGGUGCGGAAAUCGUCUGCGCUUUGAAAUUCUUGCAUCGACGAGGAAUCGUUUAUCGGGAUCUCAAAUUGGACAAUGUUUGCUUGGAUGGAGAGGGUCACAUUCGACUCAUCGAUUUCGGGAUGUGUGUGCCGCGAGUGUAUCGUUACGAACCGACAGCUUUCUGCGGCACCCCAGAAUACAUGGCACCGGAGGUAAUCGAGGGCAAGCACUACAAUUACGCGGUCGAUUGGUGGUCUUUCGGCGUCGUGAUGUACGAAAUGCUCCGUGGUCGGUCCCCGUACACCGGUUGCGAUGAGGACGAGCUCUUCUGGAAUGUUAUGAACACCGAGGUCGAGUACCCAAAGUACUUCACUCGCGAAGCCAAAGAUCUCAUAAAGAAUCUGCUGCAAAAGGAACCCGAACGACGACUUGGAGUCCCGGAGAGCGGUCAGGGUGAUAUCAAAGAUCACGGCUUUUUUUACGGGAUUAGCUGGAGCCACGUAGAGAAGAAACAGCUCACACCCCAGUUCCGGCCCUUCAACCACGGAGCGAAUGACGUCUCGAACUUCGACGAAGAUUUCACGAGGGAACCUGCGGUUCUGACUCCAGUCGCCGAGGAUGUGCUCGCGACGAUGGAUCAAGAACUCUUCAAGGAAUUCAGCUACACCAAUCCAAAUAUGACCACAUGA